AUGGUUCCUCAGGUGGUUGCUGCUCCAUUAGAGCUUGAUCUUAAUGCAUCUCCCAACCUUAAUGUUCAAGCCUGUGAAACCUUAGGUUCAAAGGAAGACAAUGUCUCGACGCCUUUGGUUAAUGGGGAAAUGCCUACGGCUAAUGAACCAGAAGCAGACAAUGUUGGAGAAAAUAAUGAAACAGAAAUAAUCUAUAGUGAUGAAGAUGACUCCUGGAUGUCAUCCUGGAUGUGUGAAGAAAAGAGGUUGCCUUUGCGGGUAUUGGUAAUUGAUCUGUCAUGGAGAAUGCACAAGGUAUCUCUGAUGGACAGAGAAGAUGAGUGCAGAUAUGCGGGUCUAUUAAAACCAUAUAAGGUAGUAUGUAUAGCUUUGUCAGUUCUUCUUGCAAGGGCCGAUUUACUGAAAUUUCUUAAAAAGGAAUGUGAAGAAAGAGGAGCAUCGAUUAUUUAUGCUACUCAUACAUUCGAUGGUCUGAAGGAUUGGCCUUCCCACAUUGUUUACGUCGCUCGUGGGGAAUUGCAGUUGGCUUUGCCAAUGGAAGAAGUUAAGAAAGAAAGUAACUUGUCAUUAAUGAGAACUGUUGAGAAAUGGCUGAGGAAGGAAAGAGACGAGGAUAGAAAGAUGUGGAGCGAGAGAAAGGCAAAAGGUCUGCUUGAAUUUGAGAGAGAAGUGAAUGGUAGCUGUGUAAUUGGAGAUCCAGCCCGAUGUGGUGCCUAUACAAUCAACAAUGGUUGGGCUGUUGGAAGAUUGAAUUUCACUAUUGUUGGUGAAGAUAAUUUUAUCCUAAGUUCUAAUAGAGUUCUUAGGUAGUAAUCUUGAUGCUCACUGUAAUAUUUUAAUUCCCUUUUUGCAAAAUAACAGGUUUAACGUCAUAUUUGUAAUCCUCUAUUCCUGGUAAUUGAUUUGGCGGUUUUCCAUUUAUAUUUAUACUUAAUACACAAUAGUUGAAUACUAAAACUUGCACAUAAUAAUGUAAAAAGGUAUUUAUUUA